AUGAAGCGGGAAGGCAUAGGAAGCUUCGGACUUCAAGAGUUGGAGGAGUUGAGAAAUGACUCCUAUGAAAACUCAAGAAUUUACAAGGAGAGGACAAAGCUUUUCCAUGAUAAGUCCAUUACCCGCAAGCAUUUCGAGUUGGGACAUAGGGUUUUGCUUUAUCAUUCGCGAUUGAAAUUAUUUCUUGGAAAGUUGAGGUCAAGAUGGAUAGGUCCGUUUGUUGUGUUAAAAGUCUUUGAGCACGGAGCGGUUGAGAUCCAAAGUAAAGAAACGGGGAAAAUCUUUAAAGUCAAUGGGCAUCGUUUGAAACCUUUCUAUGAAGGUUUUAAUACAAAUGUCCUAGAUGUCAUCCAAUUGGAUGCCCCGGUGAUUGAAAUCGAAAGGGAAGCACGUCUCGCCAAAGACGUUAAGACAGACAUUUUUGGAAAACUUAAAGUUUUCAUAUUUUCUAGUUCCAAAUAA